GGCAGCAACCUGUCUUGAGGGACAGUCUCGACUCUGGAGAGCUGGUCAGCGGUGCUGGGGCCGGUCUGGUGUCAGUCUUGUGUACUCUGCUCCAUUCUGUCGACCUCUUACUGCAGGUGGAGGCGGACGAGUCGUUGAAAGAGCAAAUCAAAAUGGCGAGCCAAGAGGAGUCUGUGAGGGAGUUCGUUGCUGUUACUGAUGUGGAUGAGGAGAGGGCCCGGUUUUUCCUGGAGUCCGCAGGCUGGAAUUUGCAGCUCGCACUCGCCAGUUUCUUUGAGGAUGGAGCUGACGAUGACAUAGUGACACUUCCUCAGCCUGAGGGGGGCUCCUCAGUGUCCCGGUCUGCAGGGCCGAGUCAGCCCAGAGUGACCUCCUUCAGAGAUCUGAUGCAUGAGGCAGAGGAGGAGAGUGAUGAGGAGGAAGGCCAGAGGUUUUUUGCGGGGGGAUCAGAGCGUAGUGGGCAGCAGAUCGUUGGGCCUCCCAAGAAGAAGAGCUCCAAUGAAGUGGUUGAAGAUCUCUUUAAGGGAGCCAAAGAACAUGGAGCUGUGCCUCUGGACCGGAGCGGAAGAGGGCCAGGAGAGGGUAGUAAAGCCAAGGCCUUCGUAGGUGGAGGGUACAGGCUAGGAGCAGCUCCUGAGGAGGAGUCAACCUACGUGGCUGGAGAGAGGCAUGCCUCCAACAGCCAGCAGGAUGUACACGUGGUGCUUAAACUGUGGAAGACAGGUUUCAGCCUGGAUAAUGGUGAGCUCAGAAACUACAGCGAUCCUGGAAAUGCCAACUUCCUGGAGGCAAUCAGAAGGGGGGAAAUCCCCCUGGAGCUGAGGCAGCGGUCUAGAGGGGGCCAGGUCAACCUGGACAUGGAGGACCACAGGGACGAGGAGUUCACCAAACCCAAGGUGGCCUUCAAGGCCUUUGAAGGUGAAGGACAGAAGUUGGGAAGUGCCACCCCAGAGUUGGUUUCAGCUCCAGCCACCUCCCAGCAGGACCAAGCUGCCAACGAAGCCCAAGCCAGCGCGUCUGUGACCCUUGACCCCUCCCAGCCCGUCACUAACAUUCAGAUCCGGCUGGCCGACGGUGGCAGGCUGGUCCAAAAGUUCAACCAUACCCACAGGGUUUCUGACGUGCGCCAGUUUGUGGUGGCGGCUCGACCCGCCAUGGCUGCCAGAGAGUUUGUUCUCAUGACCACCUUCCCCAACAAGGAGCUGUCGGACGAGAGCCAGACGCUGCAGCAGGCCAACCUCCUCAAUGCCGUCAUCGUCCAGCGGCUAAAGUGAGGUGGAGACUAAGGUCAACCCCCUGGUGGUGUGGCUGAGUACUGCAGCCACGUGAAACCUGCAGCCCCUUCUGAGGGAGGAGAAAGGAUGGACUUAUGUAUGGACUUCUAAUUUCUGAUUUUUGUUUUUCUAAAGUGAAAUGUAACAUUCUGCUCCCCAGACUCCCCACUCUCACCCUGCACCCUUGUGUGGUCUGUGACGGGCAGUAACGAGGGGGGGGACUAAAAACCUUCUGAAAUGGAGCAGAGUUCUCUCAGAGUUCUGGAAAGCUGCAGAUGGUGUUGGAUUGUGGUGGUGAUGGGGACGUGUUUACCUGACAGCAAUACAUGGUUCAACCUAAGAACAAAGCAGCAGUCCAGCUUUCUGAAGAGCAGUUUGGUUUCAGAGAUGCUCCCCACUUCUCCUUUUCUAUUAACCAUAAUUUGGCCCUUCAGCUAUGUUUACUACCAGAUGCUGGAGCCUCACCAGAUCAAUGGCAGACUCCGAGUUUGUUUCUGCCUCAACAGCACAAACCAGAACCACAUUAAGAAUACUAGACUUAUGAAGUUAAACAUACGUGUCAACAGUAUGGCUUUGUAAGGGUUUCCUUUUCUCUCCACAUAUUCUUCUUCUUGGAGAGAGAAGCGUAACAAUGUCACAAAACACUGAGGUUUUUUUUUUUUUUUUCUCCAAACCAACCUAUACCAGUAGCCUUACUCUCCUUGACUCACCUCCACAAACACACCUGUCCCUUUGCUCAAAUCAAGAUGGAAUUAUUUUUUUAAGCUGCCUUUUUUUCUCCUUUCCUUUUUUUUCCUUUACAGAUUGUAAGAUUGUCCCAGUUACACAUUUUGAUAUUGUGUAACAUUACAGCUACACAUGGCUUUGUUGUGAAACCAAUGGUCAAACAAAUGAAGAUAUAGAUUGUAAACUCUGGUUUGUAGUAGUGGAAGUUGAAUUCCUAUGACACACUGACAUCUUCUAUGCAUCCUGGGGCAACACAGACAAAUGUUUGGACCUGGUAAAAUAAAUCCAUUUUAUGGUUGAUGUAUAAAGAA